AAUUUGCAGUGGUCGAACAUCAUGGAUGAAAAUAAUAUAUUUGUUAAUAAACAAAUCGUGUAUCGUCUACGGUAUAUCACACAUUAGGUACUUGUAAUUUGAAAUAACAUGUUGAAAAUAGGACAGAUAGUGGCUGAUGUUAGCCUAAAGACGACCGCUGGUGACUUUGGCGUACACGAGUACUUCGGAGGCAGCUGGGGUUUGUUAGUAUGUUAUGUGGCCGAUUUUUCUGCUGUAUGUACUGAUGAGCUGAGUCGAUUGGUGAAAGACUUUCAUGAAUUUGAAUCUCGAAAUAUAAAAAUAUUGGCGAUGUCUUGUGAUUCUAUUGAUUCUCACAAUAAAUGGAUAGAGGAUAUAAAGAAAGUGAGUGGAAUGAAAUCUGACGAAAAAUUUCCAUUUCCAAUUGUAUCAGAUCGUAAUCGUAUGGUUUCCUUGUACCUGAAUGUAUUAGAUGCAAAAUGCAUCGAUGAGGAUGGCAUACCUUUACCUUGUAGAGCUGCAUUUGUUUUGGCACCUGACAUGACCAUUCAACUCAUACAUUUUUACCCUGAAAACAUUGGACGUAACUUCGAUGAGAUUUUUAGAACCAUUGAUGCUCUACAACUGACUUUCAAAUUCAGCAACGACUUAUUUACUCCUUGCGGUUGGAAACCUGUCACGGAUUGCUUAGUAUCGCCAAAAAUACCUAAAGAUGAAAUUGAAAAAAAAUUCCCUACCGCUACAGUUAUCGAAUUACCAUCAGGAAAAGAUUAUAUGCGCAUCAUUCCAAAAAUAGAGGUUAAUAAAAAAUACGACAAAUAAAGAAUAAUGCAUUUCAACAUUUUGAAAUUACCGGUAUAAUAAAUUGUUCUAUUGGAUUUAUCUAACUAUUCUUUGUUAAAAUUUACUAAUUAUUAAAUUACCUAUUUGUUA